AUGGAGCUGUUUCGCGGCAGGGUUCGUUUCAUGAAUAUCGUCAGGUGCACCUACCCCAACGACAAGUCCAUGCUUCUCAUCAUGACCGACGGGCAUGCCUUAACAACGGCCAAUCAAUCCGAAGGCAGCAACCGGGCUGAGCUGCGAGCUGUCAUCGCCGCCCUGCGUUUCCGACACUGGCCGGGCGAGGGCUUCAGUACAGUCAUCAUCGCCACCGACUCUGAGUACGUCGUGGAGGGCUCGACACAGUGGGCGAAGGCUUGGGUGCAGAACAAUUGGAGGACGAAAGCCAACUCUGUGAACCUUGACGUUUGGCCGAUGUUCCUCAUACUCUUCAUCCUGCGCAAUGCGAUUGAAGUGUUCGCUCCGCUGUGGCGACGAUCGGAUGAACUUGACAACGUUAUGAAGUUUCCCGAUGGGCCCUUUCGCGCGCCAGUGGCCGAGGUCCUGCUCUGGAAGGCCUCGCAUGCAAUUGAUCUCGGAUUCGAGUUCGAAGGACUCUGCAUCUUUGUCGUAGAAAGGCCCGCGCAACAAGAUUGA